AAGAGGGCCCCUGAGCCCCGCCGGCCCUCACAGCGAGCCCAGCGUCCGACCCGUCCUGCUCCCGAGCAGCUGCAAAAGGCGCCAUCGCCACGACGACCGGCCCGCAGAGAGACGAAGCGAGCAGCAGGACCCAACCGGCUGAAGAAUGAAUCUGGAGCUGCCCAAAGCUGACAUCAAGUCGGCCACCCGAGUCAGCGGGGGCCCCGCCACCCCGCGCAAGGGGCCGCCCAAGUUCAAGCAGCGGCAGACCCGGCAGUUCAAGAGCAAGCCUCCGAAGAAGGGAAUCCAGGGAUUCGGGGAUGACAUCCCAGGAAUGGAGGGCUUAGGCACAGACAUCACUGUCAUUUGCCCCUGGGAGGCCUUCAAUCACCUGGAGCUGAACGAGCUGGCCAAGUACGGCAUCAUCUGAGGCCCUGUGCUGCUUCUCGCUGCCCGGAGAUGCUUCAAAAAGAACUAUUCCACACAAACUACCACAACCAAAUGUAACAAACACAAAAAAAUGGAAAAAAAGAAUUUCCACGAAAAGAUCUUUCCUUCUUAACCGGAUUCUUCUUUGACAUUACAAAACAUCUGCUCAUGUUUAGCAUCUGUCUGUCACGUCCUUUAGAUCUGCACUGCUGCUUUAAACUGCUCUUCUCCUACUAUUUACUAUCUGCUCACGGACACAACAUGCAACAAACAUGGCCGCCUCACAUUGAGCUAAAGAAACGGACCCGUGGCGUGUGGGGGAGACGUUCCUGCUUCACUUCAACGCCGGACGUGUAAAAUCCCCAAACCUGAAUCAUCUUCAGGUUCCAGCGUGGCGUUUCAGCAAAAUGCUGUUAGUCACUAAAAAGCCACGAGAAGGGAAUAAAUGUCCCUCCAGAAUAUCGUUCUGCUUCCGCCAUUAAGUUUGCUUAUGUUCCACAUCCUUUCUGAUGUUUCUGACGUCUCCCGUGUUUAAUAUUAAUGUCUGUGACAAUCUGUGGUUUUUGAUCAUUUCUCACACAUUCACACAUCGCUGUGUGUUUAAAUAUGUGUCUUUAAGAUCUGUGUUCUAGCUGUUGCAUCUUUAUUCAACCAUUCAUAGGAUGUAUAAAGGAGCUUUGUACUCUCUACAAGAUGUGGAAACAAAUAAAGUAUUAAAACAAGAAAAACGAAA